GCCAAUUGCGCAGUAGAAGAGCUACAAGAUGGCGCAGGCAAUAUUUGAAGUGCUUGAAGGUAGGAGAAAAUGUAUAAUAAUAUGUAACUACUGUGGUGAUAAGAUAUCUACAUGUGUUUGGAGCAAAUUCGGUAAUAGAGGACCUUUCAGAUGUACCAAAAAGUGCGCUAUAAAACGCUGUUACAGCUCAUAUUUUUGCUUUAACUACUAAAACAGCCCACAGAGAGUAAGGACCAUGACUGUAAACAAACACACUGAUUAUUUUCAGACUGGUUAUUUUCUGCAGCUUGCAGUUUUUCCACGAGUGCAUGAUGUUGUAAUUGUAUCACAAAAAAGACAUUGAAAAUGCGAAAACCCCACAUGCUUCUUGAAUAAUGAUGUUUUAAUGUAGGCCCAUUGUAAAAGAAAAACACUGUCUUGCUUCAGUGGGCUACUUAAAGUACUGAUGAGUCUGUACUCUCUGUGGUGUUUAAAACAACCUGGUGCUUUGUGGAUUUAAUGUGUUGAGACAUAAUUACGGUUUUCUUUAAAUUUGUUUACAUUCAUUUACAUUUGUAUAACAAGAUUACUAUAGAGUAAUAGAGGACAAGGUUGACUGUGGAGGAAAUCCUACAAAAAAACAGACCAAACCUAAGAGCUAAAUCUACAACUAUUUAAAGCCCGGAGUAAUGUUGAACUUUCUUUUCCAUCAUUGCCUCUUCUUCCUCAGGCAUGGACAACCAGACAGUGCUGGCAGUCCAGUCUCUGCUGGAUGGCCAAGGUGGAGUUCCAGACCCAAACAGCCAGAACGUCUCUGGGACAUCCACCAUCCAGUCUAUGGGUAUGUAAAGCCAAUAUGUGUAAAGUUAACAAUAGCUGUGUUUAAAAGUUGAUUUAUGUGAUGCUGUGGCAGUGCAUAUUGAAGAACCUUUAGCAUGUUCUCUGGACUCUAUUGAAGUGUUCACACUGUGAGAGGGUGCACAUUGGUAUUUUGUAUUUUGAGGCAUUUUGCUCUUAAUCAUCAAUGAAUAACUUCGUUUGUAUCACAGCUUUCAUGUUAUGAUGCUACCUAAAGUGGUAAUCCAAACAAGAUUAGAUAAAAGCUCAAAAAUGAUCCUGUUUUCUUUCAUUAUUUCAGACAAAAUCUUUUCUCUUUCCCUUGAAAGAGAAUGUACUAUCACAUCAUAGAUUUUCAAACUACCUUUCUUAAAAUUCCCACCAUAUAAACAACAAACAAUAUCCAAUGGAAUAUAAAAUCCUACAAGUUGUAAAUUUUAUAUGCAUAAAUUUCAUUUCAUGUUUAUUUAUUUCAUUUCAUUCAUGAUACAUAAUUCAUACAAUACAUUGCACUCAUCUUUUUUUUUUCAUGCGUAAUCAUGUAAAAUGAAAAGGAGCAGACAGAAGACAAGUCUAAAUUUAAGUACUGAAGGCUUUAGAAUCAGUUUAUUGUACCAUGGAGUGUGUAUUCUCCUCAAACCUCACAUUUGUCUCUACUGCAGAUGAUGAAGACGUCUUUCUUUGUGGGAAGUGUAAGAAGCAGUUUAACUCUUUGCCGGCCUUCAUGACACACAAGAGAGAGCAGUGCCAGUCUAGCGCCCCCUCCCUAUCCACAGUGUCUUUGGCCUCCACAAAUGCCUACACCCCUGUUCCCUCAAUCAGCACUGGACCACAGACUCCUGCGAACAGACAGGUGAGGUGGACAGGUCCUUUUUUAUGGGUGAUUUAUGAAUGGUUUGAUUUCCCCAGAUAGGUCAUGUUUAUAUGUAAAGUUAUGGACUUAGUUAUUAAAGUUAUUUCAACUGGUUAAAAAAGUGAAGAAGGAAGCACAUAAUUCUGGAUUAACUGAUUGUCAAAUCAGAUGAAGAAGCAUCCAACUUUUGAUGAUAGUACUGAGCAAAGUAGGUAUGAAUCAAACAUUUUUAUGUGGCCAACUAGGCUUUCUGAUGUAUAUGAUUAUUUAUUGUAUUUUUCCCAUUUUAUUAGGUAUCAACAUAUAUCACAGUGCCUCCCUCUCCCCUGACACACACUCUGGUCCAAGGCAAUGUGUUGGUCAGUGAUGAUGUUCUCAUGUCUGCCAUCUCAGCGUUUACCUCUAUUGACCAGCCAAUGGCCACCAUGCAGACGCCCAUACAGGUAAUGCAGUAAAAGGUCCCAAUGCAGAUGUUUGGACUUCUGCCACAGCUGCAUGUCUUUAAAUCUUGAAAUCACCUCACUUUAAAAAACUAUGAUAUACAAAAUGACUUAAAUUUUGCUUCCUUUUUUGCGUUGUAGAGUAACUUGAGCAUGCACACAGCUGGUGUAUCCUACCUGCAGCACCAUCACCACCACCACCACCAUCAUCAUCACCAACAGCAACAGCAGCAGCAACAGUCCUCCCACCCUCUCCCCUCCAACCAGACACAAGCUCAUCCCCUCCCAGCUGGACAGCCCUCCCAGCAGCCGCUCUCUUCACAGGUGCCAGCCAGCCACAGCAACUCUGUGGUGCAGGUGUACAGCACGCUGCCCCACAUGGCGGGGGGUGGAGGUGCAGAGAUCCACACCCUUGGUCUGCAGCCCUUCCACCCUAUACAAGUGAGUGAAGAUGUUCUUUGGCAGGGGUGGGAAAAUUGAGUUUUUAUUGUGAAAGAAAAGCCUCAAGUGAAGAUGCAGAAUUUCUGUCAUUGCUGAUAUAUCUUUUCAGCAUUAAUUUAUACUUUUUAAUGAAUUAGGCAUAUGUGAUUUAUGUUUAACUCAACAAAAAAAGGUUUUGUAAUAAUCUGUUUUUAAUAAGGAACUUAAAAGGGACAUACAGGAAAGGAGACAGGUUGGAAUUAACAUAGCUCCCUGCUUGAUCACUGUAACACAAAGUUUUGUAAUUAAAAAUACAUGAAUUUAUACAGAGGGGCCACCCUUUACCCCUUACCCUUGUAUAAAGAAACACUAUCACAAGGUUUUCAUGAGGAAACACAAAAGGUAGAAUAAGAUGUUAAAUCUCCAGACAGUAUAGUGAAACAGCCAAAACAGAUGUACUAAAUAAGAUAAUAAUAAAAGAUGACUCUAGUAAAAGAACAGUAAUCUAAAAGUAUCAUUUAUUUAUUUUAAUACUAAAACUGCAGCACUUUCACAGGAUAAUUCUUGAUGGUUAAUACAGUUAACUGUUCAAAAGGCCAGGAUUUUUUUUCUUGAAAGGACACACCUGACAAAAGUGUGGGACAAAAUCGCAGACUAGAUAAUAAAAUUCAAUUUGUCCACCAGAGGGCACUAAAGUACAAACCAAAAAUCCCUUUGAAAAGCUUUUAUCCAAGAGAAAUAAAGAGUCUUUUUCUUUGUAGUGUCAUUUGCUUUGGUAGGCUUAAUAGUGAUGUUAUAUUUAGCAUGUGUCACAACCAGACAAAAACCACUCACAGAAGCUUUAAAGAAAACCCCUGUUCAAACAAAGAUGUAGAAAUGCACACAGACAUUUAUAACUAUAAAGAAGUUUACGACAAAUCACUGUAUCCAUUGUUUUUUCAUCUCCAGGUGCCCAGUCAGUGUGUGGAGAGCCAGUCAUUUACCACCCCACCAGUGUACAGCCCUGGGAAACAAUGCACCAAAACAAAGAUCUGCAGCAUCACCACCAACCUGACAGAGCUGGGAGACUUUGAAAAAGUUAUCAUUCCCAAAAGACCAAGGAGCAGCAAGAAAAGCCCAGAUGGAACCACAGGUAUGUGAGAAUAAAGGUCAAAUUAGAAAGCAAGAUUUUUUAAAAAGUGAUUGUUUCAAUCCUGCAAGUUUUAAACAGAAACCACAAGAUGCACGACUAUGUAUCACGUUUAUGCUGAUCACAUGUGACUGAGAACUGAAAUUGUCUUCUGAGCAGAGCAGCUAAAAGGAAAAGGUCCGAAGCUUAAGUGCAAUUUCUGCGACAAAAUCUUCUCGAAAAACUUUGAUCUGCAGCAGCACAUUAGAAGGUGAGUCACUGGUCAACAAAACAGGCUGAAUUCAUUCAAAAAUGGACGAAGAACAGACAACAAAUCUUUUCAUUUCUGACUUUGAUCUUCUCGCAGUCACACAGGAGAGAAACCGUUUCAGUGCAUCGUCUGUGGACGAGCCUUUGCUCAGAAAUCCAACGUGAAGAAACACAUGCAAACACAUAAGGUUUGAAGGUUUAAUGCUCAUCCCACAAUUAUUUGGAAAAAACAAACUCAAAGCAAACACAAAAUAAACCAUGUUGGUUGAUGUGACACUCAGUCCCUGAAAGUAUGGACCAAGUUAAGAGUACACCUCUAAAAGUUCACAGAUGGAGCCUUAAGUUUUAAUCUGUUAUUGACUAUUUGCUAAACCCUCUUCACUUUUACUGCAUUUGUCAAGCUUUAAAUUCCCUCUAUUAGAUUAAACGUUUCUAAAUUCUGCAAACUUUGGUCCAUGGUUCCAGGUAGAAGUGGACAAAAGCAGAUAGUUUAUGAUUCUGUAAAUUCAAUUUGGUAUGAGAAAAAAAUAUAUUCAUCAACUGUUUUCUUUUCAUAAAGGUGUGGCCUAUGGGUGUGGCCAGCACUGUAUCAAGAUUACCAAUCACAGUCAAGGUGGUACCAGUGUCAUCCAAUGAGGAGGAGGGUGUCAGGAAGCAGCAGGAGCAGCAGCAGCAGCAAGGUGAACCUGAAGAGGAGGGAUCUCAACAGCAGAGUGGUCAGAGACGAGAAGAGGAGGAAGCAGCUCAGACAGGUAAUAUUCAGGAGCUGUGUGAGAGCAAGGAAAAGACUUUAGACUCCAGGUUUCAGUCUAAAUACAAUGUUUGACAACAGAAGCUCCAGGGGAGAUGAAGGAGGGUGCCACAGAGGCCCAGGUUGAUCUGGAGGGCAGUCAAGGAGAGAAUGGACUUCCUCAGGUGCAGUCCAACCAGAACCAGCAGUGCCAGUCUCAGACCAAACAGAUAGUCGUGAUUGACAGCUCCUAUCAGUGCCAGUUCUGUGCCAGCAAGUUCAAGACCUACUUCCAGCUCAAGUCCCAUUUGACCCAACACAAAGGGGAGCAGGUGAGCACAAAGGGGGUAACUGGUAAAGACAUCGGAGAGAUUUGUUUUAUUACCACAAAAAUAACCAGGCUGACUUCUUUGCAGGUUUAUAAAUGUGUGCUGAAGUCCUGCUCUCAGACUUUCCACAAGUUGGAUCAGUUCCUGGAGCACAUCAGGACGCACCAGGAGCAGCUGACGUACCGCUGCCACCUCUGCGGGAAAGUUUUCCCCUCACUGUUUGAACUGGGGGUCCACCAGUACUCCCACUGUUUCUGCCCACAACAGAACACACGCAAGGAAACGACCAUCUACAGGUCAGCCUUAACAUGAAUCCUUGAAUAGCAGAAGAAAAGAAAACCUGCAUCCCUCCACUCUGACUGGGAUGCAAGUAAAGCAAAGGGUCAAACAUCAGGUUAAUCUUAUAUGGAAACGCCCUUAGUCAGUAUAUUUGUUAAUAAUUUGCAACUUUGGCCAUGUGUUAGGUUUACCUACAUAGGUUUGCUUUAAUCCAAUAUAUAUAUUUAGGACUGUAUUAUCCUUUGUAGCUGUGAAAAUCUACAUUUUUCUUUACAGCUUUGACAAAAAUUAAUUAUCUGUAAUCUGAAUCCUGUAGAUGUGUAAUGUAGGGUGCAAAAUAAGUUACUACCACUUCAAGUACCAAUCUCGUGAUUCAGUGUUGAUGUAAAAAAUAGAUUAUGUAUACUUAUGUGUCGAAAUAAGAAUGCUCUGCUAUUUAACAAGCUAAGAGAUUGUAAAUGCAAUGCAAUUUACCCCCAGCUCGCUGAAUGUUACUCCCCGUCUUGUUAAGCUCAAUGAUAUCGCUGUCAGUACACCAUUUCUUCCUUAUGUUUCGUGUCAGAUGUGUGAAAUGCCAAAGCAGAUAUUCUACCCAGGAGGCACUGGAGCAACAUCUACUGACCGCCUCACACAACUACCCCUGCCCACACUGUCAAAAGGUAACAAACACACUUCUGUGCACACAUUUGAAUAUGUUACAGUAAUCAGUAGUCUCUCACACUUAGUAUCAUGGCCUAAAAAUGUAAAGUUCAUUUCUUUGUGUUUGAUAGAUUUUGGACUCUUUGUAUCCAUGUCACUAUUUAAAAGUCAUGUUUGAUCUGUUCUCAGGUUUUCCCAUGUGAAAGAUACUUCAGACGCCACCUCCCCACACAUGGCGUUGGCGGGAGGUUCAAAUGUCAGAUCUGUAAGAAGGCCUUCAAGACAGAGCACUACCUCAAACUGCACACGCGGAUUCACUCAGGUGAGAGAGGCGUCUACGAAGGUUUCAUCACCUCCCUCUGGGGUGUGUUUGGAUCUCCUAUGAUAGUGUCUGUGGAACAAGCUGGGGUUGGGGUUCAUCUUGGUGAAAUUGUGGCAUUAAAUUAAACAAACAAAUACUUACAAAGCCAGAAUGGGCAUUUGAGCCACUGGCAUUUGUAUAUCAUACUGUAAUUAUUCCUCAGGUGGUCAUUAGUAAGUGUAAAGGUGAUCAUUUGACAUUUCCUCUACUUUUUAGGUGAAAAGCCAUACAAAUGCUCCCUCUGUGAGGCGACUUUUAACCGGAAGGACAAAGUGAAGCGACAUAUGCUCAUCCACGAACCCUUCAAAAAAUACAAGUGUCCUUUUAGGUGAGCCUCCCUAACAUGAACAUAAAAACAAAAUCCAAAGAAGUUUAUCUUUCUCUGUUUUUUGUAGUUGUUUCUCGUUAAAGCUGGUUGAAAUUUGUAGUCAGCUUUCUCCUCGCUUGUCCUUUUCUGUUGUGUUCUUAUUUAGUUCACUCUAACUUUUCUGUUUCUCCAUAGGACACACGUUGGUUGUACCAAAGAGUUUAACAGACCAGACAAGCUAAAAGCCCAUAUCCUGUCACAUUCUGGUGAGUGAGUCAUACAGAUUUUUCAAAAAAGUUUUAGAGCUCCUCCUGGUGACUGACUGCUGUAUGCUGAAUUGAAGCAUGUUUACAGAUGGAACCAACUAUGAUAUUAAAAUACACAGCAAAUUAUUUACUCUCAGUGCUGUCUCUCAUUAGAGUGAGUUCUUAUCAUCAUCCACAAGAGGUAAUUUUUCUGAGAAAAUUUGCAGGGGUCAAUUGAUUAUCCAUCUGAUUUAUUAUUGGUUGCUGAUUUGGCCUGCUGUCUGUAUCAGCAUUUGAUUUUAAAGAUUAGCAAAAGAAUGACUUCAUAUCAACGUGCAUAACUUUCACUCUACUGCACUUUAGCUUCCUGAGUCAGUUUCCACUCAUUACCCUGUCCCACCUAAUAUCUCACCCACAACAUAAUCUGAUUGGCUGACACCACACAGGUACCAGCCAAUCAACACUGAAGCCUGGGUGCCACUGACAGCACAGAGGGAAGAGCAGCCUUGAGCUGGAAUAGAGCCACCUGCUCCAGGCUGGCAAAAGCCCCAAUAACUUCAACCUUGGGAACUUGCUUUUUAUGAUUUUGUAGUUUUCAGCUUUGAUAAGACAUUUGACGACUUCUUUUUUCAAGGAACUUUAAAGGUUAAACAUAUUCAAAGACUAAACUCUAAAUACAGUCAUACCAUAAAUGCAUAAUUUAUUUUACAAAUUCAUUGUGAAACUAAUUAAAUCAUAAUAUUUAUUGAGUAGCUCUCAUUAUAAUAAUAACAAAUUGAUAUUAGGGGGGAAAAAAACUUGUAAACAGCAAUACAAAGGCCAAAAAUUCUUCAAGUGUGUACAGAUAUUUUGAUGAUGACAAGUUUUGAGGUCUCAAUGAAGGAAGUUUAGAGCAGCAGCAACUCUGUGCACUGCAAGAUAAAAUGACGAUGAUGUGGCUUUGAAGAAAGUGACAUUACAAUGAGGUUUCUGCUUCAAAUAAAUGAUCCAGCUGUGUAAGAAUCAUUUUUGUUGCUGAGAAAUACAAUCUGAACCUCUUUAUCAGCAUAAAGACAAGUACUUUUAUCAGGUGUGACCAUAAGUCAUUUACACCAUGUCAGAAUGGGCAAAUUACGUUUAAAUGAUAAGAAAAAUACCUUUAGGUGUUUACGAGAGGCCUCAAAUCCAAAGGCUGUUUCUAUUACUGGAAUUUAAAAAUAAAAAACACAGCAUUACAGCGCUGACUUGAAAACUCUUUUUUCCUCCAGGUAUCAAACCCUACAAGUGUCUGUUUUGUCAGAAGGCAUUCAGCCGCAGAGCUCACAUGCUGGAGCAUCAGCAAUCCCACACAGAUAACUACCGCUUCAGGUGCUCCACCUGCAACAAGGGAUUCACCAGACAGAGCUAUUACAGAGAUCACAAAUGUCCUGCAGCAGGGAACAGGACAGGAGCUGAAGGAGGGGGGACUGAAGAAGAGGAGGAGGAAGAGGAAGAGGGAGAUGAGGUUGAAAGAGUAGUGACAGAAGAAGAAAAGGACGGAGAAGAAGACCAAAGAAGGUUGAUGAGAAAAGCCAAAAGAUCAGAGAGUGAGGGGGAUGACGAAGAGGAGGACAGCUCAAAGGACAGUCAAGAGCAGGAGACACAUGAGGAGGAGGAGGACGAUGAGGAAGAAGAGGAGGAGGAGGAGGAGGUGGAGGGGAGGACUGAUGAGGUUUGUCAGGCUGCAGUGUCUAUCACAACUGCUGAAGAACAGACAGAAAGAGAGGAACAGGAGGAGGAGGAGGGUGAUGGGAUGAAAACUGGUGAAGGAGCACUUGAACAGAUUCAGAGCAAUGACCAAAACUGUUUGCAGCAGCCAUGUUUGUAGUUCUCAGCAUCACCUUUGUAGGAAUGUCUCCAGGACAUGGACCAAACAAACAGUUAUAAAUUAUUUAUAAAGGCCGUCAGGGUCUGACUAUUGUCUUAUCAUUUGUUUUAAAUUAAAACAUUUAAAUUAUUUGCACUGCUUUCACUUAUUUUUGCUGUGUAUGAGUAAAUACAUUACCUUUUAUACUUAUUUUGCCAAAAUAACAAGUGGACCAUUUAUCGUGCGCAGAUUUGGGGCUGUAAAGCUGUGGUUGUUCAUUAUAGGUGUCAUGAUGUUAAGCCAGCAUUUUUAAGUAUAAAUGUUGCAUAAACUACCUGUUACAUACACUUAAACUUGUCUUGCAGUAUAUUUUUGUAUGUAUUUAUAAAGUUUUGCAAUUUAAAUUCAUGUAAAAUUCUCAAUUUUUCUGUUUUUUUAUCUUUUUAUAUCUUUUUAUAUUUGUCCCUUAAGGGACAAAUAUAAAAAGAUGAGUAAUUUUUUAUAUUUUUGUUCAGUGUAUUAAGUUAAUACACUGAACAAAAAUAUAAACGCAACACUUUUGUUUUUGCUCCCAUUUUUAAUGAGCUAAACUCAAAGAUCCAAGACUUUUUUUAUGUACACAGAAGACCUAUUUCUCUACAAUAUUGUUGACAAAUUUGUCUAAAUCUGUAUUACCUCUGUGGUACUGCGACAAGAUCCUGGGGCCAAUUGAUGUGCCAUCAUCUUAUGUUGCAGCAUGAUAAUGCACGGCCCAAUGUUGCAAGGAUCUAUACACAAUUCCUAGAAGCUGAAAACAUCCCAGUUCUUGCACGGCCAGCAUACUCGCCGGACAUGUCACCCACUGAGCAUGUUUGGGAUGCUCUGGAUCGGUGUGUACGACAGCGUGUUCCAGUGCCAAUAUCCAGCAACUUUGCACAGCCAUUGAAGAGGAGUGGACCAACACUCCACUGGCCACAAUCAACAACCUGGCCAGUCUAAGGCACACCUGUGCAUCAUGCUGUCUAAUCAGCAUCAUGAUAUGCCACACCUGUGCAAUAAUCAUGCUGUCUAAUCAGCAUCGUGAUAUGCCACACCUGUGCAAUGGAUGGAUUAUCUCAGCAAAAGGAGAAGUGUUCACUUACACAGAUUUAGACAAAUUUGUAAACAAUAUUUUAGAGAAAUAGGUCUUUUGUGUACAUAGGAAAAGUCUUAGAUCUUUGAGUUUAGCUCAUGAAAUGGGAAAUGGGAGCAAAAACAAAAGUGCUGCAUUUAUAUUUUUGUUCAGUGUUCAUUACCUACCACAUAGCCCUUGACAAACUAGACAUGAAGAUGCAUAGGACAUCUCAUACAAGCCAAUAAGACUUUCAUCAACUUCUUAAAACUUUAUUUUUAAACAUUUAAAAAUGUUGCUGAUGUUAACAAAUAAAGAAAAUGUACCUUA